CAGAAAAAGGUACAUUUUACCCCCACUUUUUCCAGGCGAACGUCGGCGAGUGAAUUCAGCUUUUUGUGUGAGUAUAAUUUUAAGCCGGAAAUGGAGCCCAGCUACAGGCAGAAGCGGGAGUGGCUUAACAGCCGCGGCGGUACGGGCAAUGGUGCCGGCCACUAUGGAGGCAGUCGUGAGAUUGGCGGCUACUCCGGCCAGUCGGGUCAAUCGCAAUACCCAUACCAAUCUCAGUCCCAUUCCCAUUCCCAAAUGGGUCGCAAUCUGGGGGGCUGGGCACCCUGGUCGGGCCCCAACACGAACACCAACUCCUCCUUGCCUUACACCUCCUCUGACUACCAACCCCCUGCUGCCCCGCAGGCCAACACUCUGUGGAGCCGCGAGAGAUCCGGAUCCAGCUGGAGCAAUCAAGACCAGGCGGCAACAAGCAACGUAAACCGCUCGUGGUCAGGCCCUCGUCCCUCCGCCAACGGAAACCAGUGGCAAGCGCAAGACCCGAAUACAAAUCAAACUCCCAAAAUGAUGUCCCUGCGGGCUCAGGCGGAUGAAAAGGCGGUGCCGGACCACAUUCGCGAGGAGCUCUUCGCUCUGAGCGGUGCCAAGCGCAAGUGGUUCUAUCGCUACCUCGACAUGGGCUGCGGUCACGAGGAGGCGCUCAGCAAGGCCGCCGAAAGGCUGACCAACCCCGCUGGCUUCAAGGGAGGCUCCCUGAAGUGGUACGACAAGUACAUUGCCAGCGGCCUCAGCGAAAAGGAGGCUCGGGCCAAGGUGCUCGAGUACAAGCGAGCCCAUCCCAUCCCGGCAUCGGUGGACCGCGGUCGCAAGCGUCCGGAGCACUCAGUUCCGGAUGAUCGCGGCCGCAAGCGUCCGAUCGAGGAGAACUCUUAUGGCGGAAGGGCCAAAGAGGAACCCAAGAAGCCGAGGAGGGCCGCUGCCUCGCCGCCGCCGAGAUCCUCGCAGGGCUCCAAGAAGGGCUUUCCCGUGGCCCUCAUGCCGGAGAACUAUCCCGACUGCGUGCUGAGCAGGAAGCAGCUGGUUAGGAUCGAGGCUGGGCUCGUGGACGAGAUGCGCAAGGGCUGGAAGACGAGCAUCAACUUCGGGGGCAUCCAAUUCCUGCCGGGCGUCAUUAUUGUCACCUGCAUGGACAGGAACACGCAGAAGUGGCUGGAGCAUGUGGCGCCGAAGAUCACCGUGGUGCAGGGUAUUAAACUGAAGACCUGCCCGGAGGAUGAGAUUCCGGCCACCAAGGCGAUCACUGUAUUUGUUCCACGCUCCUCCGAAGAGCCCGAUAAGAUCACAAAUGAUCUGUUGAAGGAUCAGAACACUGACCUCUUGUCGAAAACCUGGAAGAUCAUGCGCACCACAAAGGUCAAGGACAACAAGGUGGUGACCAUCAGCAUUGGCGACAAGUCCCUGGAGAUGCUCAAGAAGCGCGGCAUGACGGUCAGCUACCGUUUUAGCCAGCUUUCUUGCCGCAUAGCCAGCGACAAGGCCGCUUUGAAGUCGGUUCGCGUUAACUACGCGGAGCCCCGGCCACCAAAGCCUGCGGAGGAUGAGGGUGAGGCUGCUGACGAGUCAGCUGAGAUCGACCUCACCGAGGAGGAUGGCGAGGAGCACAUCUCCAAGCUUGACCUGGUUGUGGUCGACGAGGUUAAGGGAGAUGAUGACGAGGAGAACGAAGUGGUUGAAGAGGAGACGGCUGACGAUGAGGUGGAGCUAAUUGAGGGGGAGCACGAUGAUGAGGAGGAGCUUGCCGAGGGGGAACCUGAUGAAUCCUAUGAAGUCGAUGAGAAUGCCGAGGAGGAGCAGCAGCAGGAGGAAGAAAAUGAAAUCACCGAAGAGGCAGAGAAUGAAAAUGCUGAUGGGGAAGAACAUGAGGUUGAGAAUGCUGACGAGGAAGAGAUUGAGGGCGAGACCACCGUCAUAGAUUAA